AGACUGGCUCAUGUGAUGUAACGUGGAGGCAGGAGUGUAUUUAUUCCAGCUGCCAGGCACGCCAGCACGUUUUAGGGAAAGCCUCGAACUGCUAGGAGCUCACCAGACAAACAGACCGGGAUAUUUAAUAUUCUGUAAUCCACUAUGGGGAAGUCAGCAUCGAAGCAAUUUGCUGAAGAAGUUUUGAGAGCCCACAAUGAAUGCAGAAAAAAACACAGAGUUCCGGUCCUGAAGCUCAGCAGCAAACUCAACAGAGAGGCACAACAGUAUGCAGAGUCCUUGGCCAGCACCAGGGUUCUGAAACACAGUGCGGAAUCCAGCAGGGGUCAAUGUGGAGAGAACCUUGCCUGGGCUUCCUACGAUGAGCCAGGGAAAGAAGUAGCUGAGAGAUGGUACAAUGAAAUAAAAAAUUACAAUUUUAACUGCCCUGGAUUUUCCUCUGGUACAGGACACUUUACAGCCAUGGUGUGGAAAAGCACCAAGAAGAUGGGUGUGGGGAAGGCAAAGGCCACUGAUGGGUCCACUUUCGUGGUGGCGAGGUACUUCCCAGCCGGGAACAUUGCCAACCAGGGACAUUUUGAGGCAAAUGUGCUGCCACCGAAGAAGUAACCAACAAGGGAGGAAUUCAAGGGACGAGAAAGGGAUGAGAAAUGGAGACUGUAACAGAGGUGUCUUCAGGUUUAACCUCUUGUUUAAUAAAACCAGAAUGACACUUGAAUCAACUUCUGUGCAUUUUAAAGUAACUGGUUUGCAUGUAUGCUCCCAGGGGAACUGACAAAGUACUGAGAUAUAUGUUAUUAAUACUGCUAUGCAAAAGAAAUACAAGGGGAAACUCCUGUCCUAAAGGACUUCAUAAUGACAGCAGGCAUUGGAUCUUGUGGUUGUUCCCUGUUCACAAAGCUAAGGCUGAAUGUAUUUUGAAAAAUUAAACCCCAAAUCCUCUCCAGGAGAAGUUGGGAGACAGAGUCAACGCUAAAGUAUAUUUAACAAGAUUUUGACUAGUGUUUUGUUAAUAUGGCCCACUGUGAGAAACGUUUUUAAGAUUUUUAGAGUAAUUCAUGUGUUCCUUGUUGAAGCAAAAUUUAAGGCUUUGAUUUUUUUGUUUUUUUGUUUUUUUUUAACAUCUUUGUUUUUACAUUUGUGACAGAAGUCUCUGAUACAGUGUCAUUUCCCAUUUUAAGAGAAAUCAAAUUGAAUUGUACAGGAGGAGAUUUUUUAAAAUCCAUAAUCAUAUUAAGACACUAAUACUAUUUUCUAUUUUAGUUUUUUGUGAUGCUACCGCUUUGCGCUCUGAAAAUCCAGCUGUAAUUCAGUAGUUUAGAAAAUGGCAGUGCUAAUUGUUUGUAAACUUGAGUGAAAAAGGAAACCAAUAGGUUGCAAAAUGACACAAAAAGCUUUUUUUUUUUUUUUUGUGGUAUAUGCCCUUUUACGAUAAAUUGGGCAACAGUCUCAAAGCUAUUUACUCAGUCAUCAGCACACAUUUUUUCUGAAAGGAAAGAACGGCAAUUACAAUUCUAAAGUAUGUGUGUUUUUUGGUUUUGCUUCUUUUUAAAACUUUUGGUAACUUUUAGACUCCUUUUUCCAUUCUAAACAAAUAAAUAAAUACAAAUGGUGAUUUGAGAAUCUAUCCCUUUUGUUUUUGAAAGAAAAAAUGCUAUUUACAAUUCUAAUAUGAACUAAAGAUAUAUAAAAAAUACUGAAUACUUACAAGACCCUUAAUUAAAUGUCUAAUCUGUUUAUUUCUGGUUUGGUAACUACUGUGUGCACUUUUCUGUUCAGAAAAAUUAUGCAUUGACAAUUUGGAGCUUUUGAGAAUCUAUCCCACUGUCUUUUAAAAAAAAAAAAAAAAAAAAAACCACUCUGUAUGGGGGGUGUGUGUGUGUGUGUGUGUGUGUGUGCAUGUUUACAAAUAUCUGUAAAAGUUUACACUAACCACAAUAAAGUGAAAUAUUUACACUUGGA